AAGUCCAACGCUUGAAAUAGCCAGCUUGAAAUACGCGAUAUCGGAAACAAUAGAAUAAAGAAUAACUUUCGAGGCCUUUGUUUCUUAGCCCCGCCUUGACAAGUUAAUGAGCUAAAGCAGUAUUCCCUUCGGAGGAAAGCGUACGUGAUCUUUGACCAAUCAGAGCGUCCCUGUUUACGCUUCGCUGCUAAUAUUACAGACCUAUAUUUUUUAUUCGACUGCAAGUAAAUGUCCCGAGAACAAUAGGCAUUCUACGCGAUGAAUAUUCAAAGAAUAUUUUCAGCUUAAAAUCGGCAGAAAAAUAAAUUGGAGAGUUUGUUGAUUCCUUGUCAAACACUUUCUCAGCAAACAGAGCAAGCCCAAACAAUAGCGUUUAUUGUUAUGGUAUAUAAUUUGAAGAGGUGCAGCAUAAACAAUAUUCUUAUUAAAAAUGAGGGUAGUGCUGACAGGGCUACCUUGUUAAAUAAAGUUGACUUUACUUUACUUUAAGACUGUUCGAGGAUGUACAAGUAACAUAAUCAAGUUGAAUUCGGUAAAACUGGCCGGACUUAAAAAGGAUAUUCUCGGUGUAUUUUGUGUCAGACAUCCUGGAAUACCUCGAAAAUAUUUCCUUUAGGACAGUGCAUACGACGUCUCUUCCGUUCAGGCAUCGGAUGUUAGAGGAAUAGAUUUAUCGAUUAAUAUUUCCCAAGAGUUUUGGAAUAGUAACUAUUCAUUUUAUGUUUCCGUAGGCAUACUGAAAAAACAUGAAGGACCUCAAAGACAGACAAAUUUUACCACACACUGCUAUUUCUCUAGGACAGUGCAUGCGACGUUUCGUCCGUUCAGGCAUCGGAUGUUCAAGAAAUGGAUUUAUCGAUUAAUAAUUCCCAAGAGUUUUAGAAUAGUAGCCAUUCAAUUUAUGUUUUCGUAGGCAUACUGAAAAACAUGAAGGACCACAAACACAGACAGAUUUUACCACGCACUGCUAUUUCUUUAGGACGAGUGCAGGCGACGCUCUAUCCGUUCAGACAUCGCAUGAUCAAGAAAUGGAUUUAUGGAUUAAAAAAUUCCCAAGAGUACUUUCGAAGUACUUGAAGAGUAGCCAUUCAAUUUCUGGUUUCGUAGCCAUACUAACAAAAUGAUGGUCCCUAAAGAGAUACACCUAUUACCACAAGCACUGCUAUUACUUUACGAGGGGUGCAUGCGACGUUUUGUCCGUUUAGACAUCGCAUGAUCAUAAAAUGGAUUUAUGGAUUAAAAACUUCCCAAGAGUACUAGAAGAGUAGCCAUUCAAUUUGUUGUUUGGUAGCCACACUCGGAAACAUGAAGGCCCCAUAAAGAUGUACGACUUUGACCAGAAACAUUGUUAUUUCUUUAGGACAGUGGAUGCGACGUUUCGUCCGCUCAGGCAUCGGAUGUUCAAGAAAUGGAUUUAUCGAUUAAUUAUUCCCAAGAGUUUUGAUUUAUGUUGUCGUAGGCAUAGUGAAAAACAUGAAGGACCCAAAAGACAGACAAAUUUUACCACACACUGCUAUUUCUUUAGGACGAGUGCAUGCAACGUUCUAUCCGUGCAGACAUCGCACGAUGAAGAAAUGGAUUUAUGGAGUAAUAAUUUAUGAGUUCGUAGAAUAGCAGCCACUCUAUUUAUGGUUUCAUAGGGAUACUCGCAAACAUGAAGGCCCCAAAAGAUAUACACCUUUUACUCAAAGCACUGCUAUUUCUUUAGGAAGAGGGCUUGCGACGUUUUUGCCGUUCAGACUGCGUGAUAAACAAAUGGAUUUUUGGAUUAAUAAUUCCUAAGGUGUCAAGAAUAGUAAGCCAUUCACUUUAUGGUUUCGCAGGCAUACUCACAAACAUAAAGGCCCCAAAAGAUAUACACAUUGUACCACAAACACUGCCAUGUUUUUAAAACGAGUGCAUGCGACGUUCUAUCCGUUCAGACAUCGCAUGAUGAAGAAAUGGAUUUAUGUAUUAAAAAAUUCCGAAGAGUUCUAGAAGAGUAGCCAUUCAAUUUGUGGUUUCGUAGGCAUACUAAGAAACAUGACGGCCCUAAAGGUAUACAGCUUUUACCACAAACACUGCUAUUUCUCUAUGACGAGAGGAUGCGACGUUUUGUCCGUUCAAACAUCGUGUUAUCAAGAAAUGGAUUUAUGGAUUAAUAAUUUAUAAGAGUUCUAGAAUAGCAGCCACUUCACUGAUGGUUUCUUAGGGAUACUCGGGAACCUGAAGGUCCCAAAAGAUAGACACCUUGUAGCCCAAACACGGCUAUUUCCUUAGAAAGAGGACAUGCGACGUUUUGGCCAUUGAGACAUCGCGUAAUAAACAAACGGAUUUUUGGAUUAAUAGUUCCCAAGAUUGCAAGAAUAGUAGCCAUUAAAGUUAUGGUUUCGUAGGCAUACUCACAAACAUAAAGGCCCCAAAAGAUAUACGCCUUUUACUACAAACACUGCUAUUUCUUUAAAACGAGUGCAUGGGACGUUCUAUCCGUUCAGACAUCGCAUGAUGAAGAAAUGGAUUUAUGGAUAAAGAAAUUCCGAAGAGUUCUAGAAGAGAAGCCAUUCAAUUUCUCGUUUUGUAGGCAUAGUAAGAAAAUGAUGGCCCCUAAAGAUAUACAUCUUUUACCACAAACGCUGCUAUUCCUUUACGAGGGGUGCAUGCGACGUUUUGUCCGUUGAGACAUCGCAUGAUCAAGAAAUGGAUUUAUGGAUUAUAAAAUUCCGAAGAGUUCUACAAGAGUAGCCAUUCAAUUUCUUGUGGUUCCAUGUCCACAUCACAAUGUGAUUGUGCACAAUUAUUCCAGUUUCGACUCUUAAAUAACUUUAAGUUGUGCUUUUCCUGGCUAUGUUGAUGUUGAAAUUAGAUUUCUUUCUCCCCAGUUACUUGUACUUUCAGUCUGUAGUUGGGAUCCUUCCAUAAGCGUUUUAAGAAUAACACGUUAGGAUAGGUGAUGGUCAGCCACCCCUAAAAAGACUUGAUAUCAACACCACUGCGAGACUUCUGCCAAGACCCACACUUGGAUAAUUUGGAUAGGUACAAAUUCCAUCUUGGGGACAAGCAAUUCAAAAACAAAUUGACUCCAAUCGUCAUAUGAGAAAUGCCACGCAAAAUGCACCUUAACCCACAGGUGCUUCCUUUUGAAAAAUGUUUGAUGAUAGUGAAAUGGGGCUGCUAGGACAAACCGAAUUCGCUUAUACUAUGACUUUUUCUCUAAUAUAUAGCCAACAGUCACCUUUAAAUAUAGUUCUGUCUCAGAAUUCUGUUCCAGAAUAAUUUGUCACAUGUUUCACUUUUACUUCAUUCAAUGUCCCAGAAUAUUCUAGAACAUUAUCAAUGACGUCAAUAAGUUUUUUCUGAGGUAUUCACAAAUCUAUAAUGAAACAGACUCUGUACAAGCCCGUAAGACACUUGGUUCAUGCGUUAUAUGUGAAAAAAUAUCAUACAUAGGAAAACAAUUGAACCAGUCCAGAGCAAGAACUUCCAUGUAUCGUGUACCAACUGGGAGACGUGUCAUCCUGAUGUUAUCCCACAUUCAAAAGUAAAAGUAAAAAAAAUGCAAGGCCAAGAAAGAGGGUGUACCAACAACAACAACAAAGAUAGUCAUCAAGAAAGUCAGACACGAACCACUAUCCCAAGGUAACGACAAAUGCAUGUUCAAAUUUGCCAGUAAACUUAGUCUCUUCUUCAUGGCAGGCUUGCAAAAAAGAUUAAAUGAUGCGGAAUGUGCCCAUACAAUAAAGUGUCAAAAUUGUGGAACCGCGCAAAGAUCUGCCGAGCAUCCAUAAGGCUGUGCGCUGCUGACAACAAACAGGAAGUGUGGCUUCAAGGCUAAACUGAUCAGCUAACAGCAUUGUUCGGGGAUUCCAGCAUCACUCCUCAACGUACAAUUGAUGAUGUAGAAGAACACCUAAUGUCGCUUGAAGAUAUAGAGAUGAAGUACAAUGUUCAAACAAAAAACGUUUUUGAAACUGUUCCGUCCAAACUGAAACAAUGGAGCACGUUUAAAUGCGCCUGUGCUUUACAGCAAAAACCUUUAAAUAUGAACAUUUCCAUGUUAUAUCAGCCAUGCUACCGUUACUAUUGAAUUUUUUUUAUAUACAUCCAAAGUUUGGUUUACGUGAGCAAGAUCAAGUUUCUAAAGUCACAAAACUGGAAUGUGUCAGCCGCCACCAGAAGCAUCAUGGGUCACAACUUCGGUUACUGAAAUAUUGACUGGGCCAAAGCCAUCCCCAAGACUGGAUAUAUAUUUUUUAACAUACAUGUACUGGGAGGCUCACAAAGACUACCAUAGAUCAACUACAAGUUUAAUAUGGAAAGACCAUAAGGGAAAAUAGAAAUAAUUUUGAGUCCAUGAACGAUGCCAAGUUGCAAUCUGGCCAAUUUCUAUCUGGGCCUUUCUUUCAGAUUCCUUCACUUUCGUCGUCCUAACAAGCUAUUAUCACACACAAAGCAGCUAUUUUUUUUUACCUUUUUGCUGCCAACACCAUAUUAACAGGUCGGAAGUCAUGUUUACAUUUACAUGUAUGGUAUGUAGCAGGGUUGUCGCUAGGCGCCGGUUGCCGGCGACAUUCACAGGCUGAGAAAGAGGUGAUCGUUGGCUGGAUUUUGGUGGGCAAUCACCCGGUAAAGGACAACGAAUGGUUUUCAGCCGCCACCAGAAGCGUCAUGGGUCACAACUUUGGUUACUGAAAUAUUGACUGGGCCAAAGCCAUCCUCAAGAAUGAAUAUAUACUUUUUAAAUACAUGUACUGGGAGGCUCACAAAGACUACCAUAGAUCAACUCCAAGUUUAACAUGGAAAGACCAUAAGGGAAAAUAGGAAUAAUUUUGAGUCCAUGUAUGAUGCCAAGUUGCAAUCUGGCACCACACCCAGUCUUCGGGUAACAAUACAGAACACAACUUGAGUCCAACUGGUGUGGUUUUCAAUGAGAUGUACAAAAAGGAUCAUCUGAUUAUCAGUACACACAUCCUCUUCCAAAGGUUGUGGCCAAAUACUAUUGCGCCCAUAUGCGAGGCUUUGAGUGAAAAAGACUGCCUUGCACACAGUCUUCAUGGAGAUACUCACAGUCAAAAUGACGCAAUCAUGCAAUGCCCUCAUUUGGUAGCAAGCAACAAAUUGACAUGCACACAGGCCUAGUUGUUGCGAAACUUGCUAUAAUUUUACUGAUUGGGUUGAUUGAGCCUCACUGCCGAGUGAACUCAAGAGACUCACGCCAAAAAUGAUUUUUAAACACAAACUGAAACAGUUUUUACUAAACCAUUUUUAACCUUAGUUAGUAGUAUUUUGAACCUUAGUUCUAGUUUUAGACCUUAGUUGUAGUCUUAGUUUUCAACUUUUAUUAUUACAUGUAUACUGUAUUUUGGACUUUAAAUAUAUCUUAGACCUUUAUUUUUUAGAGGACCCUCCUGAAAACCACCACUAAAUGAUUGGAGACCUCUUAAAAUAUUAAUUUAAUAUUAUUUGGCAGUUGCUAACUGCAGUGAUGGAGCUUAUGGCAGUCGAUUCAGUGUUGGAGGAGCCUGGAAUUAACCCAGGACGUACUGUUAGACAGUCCACAAAAAACUUGAAUUAUUACUUCAGGCAGCUUCACAGGCCUAGUAGAAUUCUCAUUAGUCUUUUGUUUUGAUGAAACCUGCAGCUGUGAGGUAUUUUAUUCUGACCAGUCCGUAAGUUACCGGUUCCACUGUAGGAUAAACGGUUGUUGGUUCCAAGAACAGACAAGAACACUUUGAAUCAUUCAGAACAAUUUACAAAGAAAGAAAGCAAGGCUGAAUAUGAAACCCAUGGCCAAAUGACAAGCAAUGUCUACCACUCCUCUUGGAAGUGGUACAAGAUGUUGAAGUUUCUCAUUAUCAUCCACAAUGCCACAAGAAGCUUUGACACAAUGAGAAUUAAGUUAAUGAAAGUUCAGGAAAAUGAAUCCCCAGCCAUUACUCUAACAAAGAAGACAAAGGAAGACUUUGACCAAAAGAGAAUGUCAGUCAUCGAUAGCGCUGACUGAAUACUGAAAGUAAAUGAAGCACCAACAACUGCAGCAUAACUCUUUCCGAAGAAGACGCAUUUGGGAUGAUAGUCGCAAGAACACUGACUUGCUCUAGUCCAUGGGAAAUAAUACAAGCCAAGAAAAAGAUGAGAGAUGAGACUAUUGAACCCUCCGUUGAGGGGCUUUUCUGUGAUCAAUAUAUGACAUCCUGUUUGAGGCUACAUGUAAAUUCCAUGGCUCAGAGCAAACCACUGGCCACAUAGAGUUGAGCUCAUACAACCCAAUAAUACUAUAUGGAGCUCCGGCUGCUAGAGCAGCUGAACAAUAUUUCUCUCGUCAGUUUUCCACCUUGUUAAGAUUUUGAAAUGUCAAAAAGGAUGGCAUUAAUUACAAAACGAACUCUAGAAGGCUACUUUAUCAUCCAAUCAUGUGUCAAUGAACACUUUACGACUGGUCCCUAGGGGAGUUGUUCUACAUGACUCAGAUUUUUGACAUGCUAGAUUGCCGAUAUUGAAACAUUUGGAUAGAAAAUACUCACAACUUUUGAUGUACAUGUCCAACGUAAGAAAAUAAUUGCAGUUAUAAUAGUUUCAAUAUUGUUUAUAUGUAUACAUGUGACUAAAUGUAAUUUAGGCAAAGUUAAUCAAGAGCCAAGGCGGCCAGCGGUCACUCCCAUUUGCAAAUGUGACCUGCGGGGUGACCUCAAUAUAGUUUACAACUCGCCUCAUGGCCUGUUAAUGUUUUAUUGCUUUGCAGCUGAUCUUUGCUGCCAUGCAUUGCUAACUUUUUGCGAAUCAUUACGUACAUUUUAACCUAAAAAUAAAUAACAUUACAAAAUCAAGCAGAUUGAAGAAACUCAGAUGCAUGAAAAACCAUCCAUGUGGGCCAUGUUUAAUCAUAAAAUCAAAUAUAAAUAAAUGGACUGGGCAAACGUCACAAAAAUACAUACACCCCAUCUGCCAAACGCUAUUUCCACCCGCCCCCCUUCACCACCCGCUGACGAGCAUGCGCUGUACAAGGACAAUUUCGUGACCCUGCUGAGAGAGCAGGCGCCCAACGAACCCGUCACGUCUCACACUUCAAACCGUAUAAUGGACUGUUGCAUGACGAACCUCAUGAUCUCAGUGACCUCGAUGAAGAGGAGGAAGAGAGAGGAGAUCUACAACCAGAGUAAGAACGAGGUUACCCAGCACGUGAACGACGGCGUCCUAAUUAUUACGUUGAAGAACAUGGCUGAUUAUUGAUUUAAACUUUUAUGACUGAUUAAAAACAAAAGGAACUACAAGGUGGAAGUCAGGAAGAAAGGAACGUUGAUUUGUUGCUUUGUGCAUACGUAAUGAUCUAUCGGCUCUAUCGUUGUCUGAAGAGCAGAGUAUCGGCAUUUCGCUAGCAAGUCCUAGCAGUAACUAGCCGUGCAUCGAGUGAAUAGCACGGGGACAUGUGCUUAUUCUCGUGUCUUAAUGAAGUGGGUAUCAAUACAAUGCAGGGCAGGGAAGUUAAACAUGUGCAAAUUGCAAGCUUUGCCGGAAACAGCCAGUACAAACAACGUUGGUAUCAGGUUUUUAGGCAUGACCACAUUAGCAAGCUAUGGCUCCCCAUCAAGCAACCCUCACUAUUAGCCUAUCAUCAGUCACAUGACACUCUCAUUCCCACCCGCAUCCGUACGGACCCCCAGCAUUACUGCUACUGUGGCCUGUCUAAAGAAGCUGAAACUGAACAAUGCUUCUUCUGUGGACAUAAACUCAUGGAGGAGACCAAGAAAUCUGUACGUGACGGCAAACCAACACAAGAGUGUUUAAGGUACUGAUCUUAGUGAUAGUUUUUGAUGAUGCAAGGCUGUACUCUAGGGACACCUGUUUGCCCCAGAAAACUUGCCAUUUAAAAUAUUAGGAUGACUGAAGUUAAACUGUAUAGCAAUGUAGGGUAUUAACCCUUAAGGGACUGGAUCUAUAGUUUAAAUGCUAAUGGACAAGGGCUCUCAAUUAUUUUUUCUUGGAGCACAGCCUUGUCAUAUCCAAUUUAAGUUAUAACAUUUUGAUCAUUACUGGAUAUAUAAUUCUGAUGAAUGCCAGCUCUAUUCAUAUACACACUGAACAUGCAAAUCAGUUGGGUAUUCAUGUUAACUCAACUUGUAGUUGUAGUGUCAGUUCAAACAAUAUUGUCAUUUAUAAACAUGAAUUUCAAGAUGCAAGUAUAUUGUAAACUAAAAUAUAAUGGACUGUUGAGACCUUUGUCUCUCAAAUCAUUAAAGGGAAAUGAUUGAGCAAUUCCAAAUGUGGUUAGUAUUGGGUCUGUUAUUUUCAAUGCUGGCUGAUGCCAUAGCAAUUCCAAUAUCCAUAAUAAAAUUUAGCCCUUAAAAGCUCCUCUUUAGCAAUGUACAUCAUUGUUCCCUUCUUCUCAUCAUUUACAAUAAGCUUUGCUUUUCCUUUUCCCUCACCAAGUUGCUUUUUGAAUUCACCACAAUCUUUGAAUUGUUCGAACAGGUUACAUAAUCUUCUCAGGCUUGAAAACAUUAUAGCCACUGAUCCUCGUUUCUCUUCAACCUCUACCCCAUAUCUUGUUCUACCAAGAAUCUCCUUACGCAAGAGAUUGAAGACCUCCUGUGGCAUGGGAAGGUCAAAGCAAACCAUCCAGGGAUGUACCUUGCUCAUCUUUGAACUUAAAUGGCGAAAACUUGCGGUUUUUGUGCAGAUCAUGCUUUGUUCUAGCAUGGGAUAUAGCUCGCCGAUGCUGUAUUUGGGUAUCUCACGAAGACCGCCAAACUUCACUUUCAUAACCGCUUCAGCUGGCUUAUUUAGCUCUUGAAAUGUAUUGUCUAAAUCCUUUAGCUUAUAUGCAUUUGAAAUUUGUCACUCACAUUUUGAUUUCCCGCAGUUCAGUGCCUCUUUUAUUAAAAUAAUUAGUUAGCAUUCGUUGGCUUCACAUUGAUCCAUCAUCUUGGAUUUUGCCUAAAUAAGCCUCAGAUCUCCCGCGGCCAAAAUGAAAGUUGGCCCAAUUUGAUUCGAUAAUUUCCUGGCGUGUCAGCCAAUCUCUAUCUGGGCCUUUCUUUCAGGUUCCUUCAUUUUCAUCAUCCAAACAAGCUGUUAUCAUACAUGUACACAAAGCAGCUAUUUUUUGGCCUUUUUCCCUGCAUCUGCCAUCUUGGAAAUAUAAAGCUUGGUAGCCCUGCAUUCAAGGCAUUGCGAUUGGGGACAAGAAUUUUGUUCCAGGUCUCUCGUGAAAAAUGGUGACCAGCUCCAUGAAAAUCUUAGCUGGGAGACUAUUUUUCUAGCUACAACCCUAGUGUAGCCAUCCAAACAAUCUUCCCCAGACUUCCUCGGAAGUCAGUUUAUCAUUAUGCGCAUAGUUAGCUCUUCGUUUUCCGAAACAAUAUUUCCUCGACUCGUUUACUCACCAGGGCAGCAAAACAUCUUGUUUGCUUCCCGCUAAUUUAGCCUCACCGGAAACAUAACGAGAAACAAUGUUUCCGCAACAAAGUUUCCUACCUUAGCCAGGCCUGUACAAAAUUAUCAGCUUGAAAGAGAAGACCCCGCGCGCGCGGUCUCUCGACAUGAAACUCGGUUCCUUGUCAGAGAGAGCUGAACAAAAUUUAUACACAAGUGUAACGCUUAAUACUUAUAUCUAGCCUACACAUACAAAAAAAUGGAAGCUACCUUGAAAAAGGAAGCUAGAAGAGCUUUUAACGUUCAUAUUAGCGACGGGAUUUUUAAAUUUUCUGAUUCUUAGGCGGCCGUCGUUCACGACUCCGUUCAUCGGGGUUCACCGCAGCUGCACAUUUUCAUGAACAAGAUAUUAGGCUACCUACUCACAGAAACCCUUCAAAACCAUAGGACUCUUAAGAAAUGUUUCUAAAUAAUGCAAAGAAUCGAUUUAAACUUCCAAGACUUAAACUUACCCUAACUUGAAAGGAUGAAGAAGCCUUCACCUGCUGCUCUGAACAUCAGCUGUGCUUUCCGACACACACGAAAGAGUUCGGCCUAGCCCCUCACGGUUGAACUAGAGUUAAAACUACAAACCUCCCCUCCCCACCCUUGCCGGGGAUCGUGCCGGGUCGAUUUUGUGCUACAUUUCUUUUAUAAAUAGUCGUGAUAGGUUUAGUAUAAAUAUUGUAACUUCUUCUUCGAGAUACUUUUCAUCUUAAUGGAAAACAUAGUCGUUGCCCGCAGUCACAAUUUUAGAAGUUCGAGUUCGCUUAAAUCGACUUUGGGGCGGGGACUGGUGUCUGACCUUGUGAAAAGAUCACAACAUGGCGACCAGCGGAACCGAUAAACUCUUCUAUCGAGAUUUUAAGCAUGUGAUAAACUAUUUGGAAACACAAAAGCAACUGAUGGAUGCUCAUAUGGUGGACUUCUUCACCUCGAAUCACUGGGAAACUCUCCUACCGAGAAACAUCAGACAAGAUUUAGAAUCACUUCCACAGCACCAGCUCACGUCUUUGCCGAACGCUUGUACGGAAUCCACAGAUUUCGAAAGAUUCGGCGAAAACCUAAAGACGUUUCUGAAAGACGCUAGACUAGCACAGCUCAAGAGCUUUUCUUGGGUAAAGGACCAAAAGGAGUUUACUAGUGAAAACAGGGUGGAUUUUAUUUCACACAUAAUGACACCAAAAAAAUCUUAUGAAGUGGAUGUUAUGUCAGAUGUAAUCAACAGAUUGGUCAAGCAAUUUCAAGUCACCAAGAUUUUGGAUCUUGGAAGUGGUAAAGGCUACCUCAGUCAACAUUUAGCAUUGCAGUAUGGAUUAAAUGUCAUAGGGGUUGAUUCCUCUCAUAGUAAUACACAAAAUGCAGCGAAAAGAAAUGGAAGACUUUUGAAAGCAUGGAAAGGACUAGCGAGAAAGUUUCAAAGAGAAAAGGUCAAUGCCUCAAGUAAUUUAGCUGAAGGAAAUAUCACCUGUGGUCACCUUGACUCACAACCACUAGGAAGAUCUUUAGAUGUAGGAAAUACAAAGGAUGGUUAUUCAGAAUCAUCGUCAAAAUACUGUAAUCAUAUAACUUGUCCCAUUUCACAUGUUUGUAGCCAUGAUGAUAACAAUAUACAUGUAGAUACCAUUGGUCUGAAUAAGGCAUCCAUCAUUGAUCAACAAAAAGCCUCAUGUGUGUGCAAUCCAAUGCAAAGUAUAAUUGGAGCUGAAAGCAAACAACCCAUUGUUUCAGAAGCUGAUGUUGUAGAAUCUAAGCAUUCUACAGAUGUGACAUGUAAAUCUAAGCUUGCAACAGAAGCCAGCUCACAAGAGACCUUUUCGCAGUCAUCAGUGCCAUCAUUAAAUUCUCAACAUUGUGACAGUGCAACACAUUGUGACAUGCUAUGCAGAAACAUGUCUGGUAAGAUAACUGAUUCAGGACUUGCUGCUAAUGUAGUGAAUUCAAAGUCACAACAACCACAGACUGUAAGCCCAACUUCAUUUGUCCCUGUUACUGGUUUUGUUGAUCAAUCAUUUGUCGCUAAUGGAGGGCUUACAAGACUUUUCGAUGAUCUAGGAACUUCUGAUGGUGUUACCACAGGAUGUAAUGGAAUGUUCAUAGUUGGCUUGCACACAUGUGGUGACCUAGCUCCAAUGGCACUACGAAUCUUUGUGAGUGAGGCCUCUGUCAGGGUGAUUUGUAUUGUUGGCUGCUGUUAUCACCUUGUUUCACAGGAAUUCGGAGGUGGGAACAAGACUGAUAUCUCUUGAGUUACUGACAUAACAAGACAUCUACGUACAUGUACAAUUCUUUUCUCCAUUGAAGCUGCCUGUCCUUCUUAGUUGGUGGGGUCUUGGCAUGAGGAAUGGGUGGCUCUAGAGACACAUGAUUUGAUUGGCUAGUCAUUUUUGGACUAAGAUUUUAUCUAAUGCUGGUUUCAUUCUUGAAAAUAUCCACUAGUUGAUUUCAAACUAAAACUGUUCGAUUACAGCACCUACAGUACAUUAGUACAUGCCCCUUACUUCAGGAAGUUUAAAACUGGCGUACUGGAGAAUUUUCAGUUAAGUCCGUCAUACACAAGUAAAUGUCAUUUCUGGCCAGAAUUUUACUUUGGAAGUUAAAGAUCUGUACAUGUAGGUGUUUUAAGAGAAAGGUUUUAGUUAGAUAUCUUUGGUAAAAUAUGACAACAGUGUUGAAUUAGUGAAAAUUGUAGUCUAAGAAACUAGUGUCUCCAA